GCUCCCUCCACUUCUUCACCCGCUGCCACCCCCGCCGUCGACGAGAAGCGGGGCGCGGUCGAGCAACUCACCGACUCGCUCGCCUCCGUGCGCCUCCAGUCUGCAAAGUCCGCGGAUGGCUCACUGUCGAUGGCGAACGUCAACGCCUGGGAGGAAGCUAUCUCCUCACACCCGAAGGCGCAACUCGUCCGCACCGUCCUGCACCACAACGACAUCCAGACGACGUUUGUGAACCGCUCCGCGAAGAUCGCGGACACGCAUGUGUUCAAUACCCAGCUUGAGUUCAAGACGGCGCCGAUCACGAACCAGAAGUCUUCUGGCCGCUGCUGGCUGUUCGCGACCACGAACGUGCUGCGGUACAAUAUCAUGAAGAAGCUCAACCUCGAUGACUUCCAGUGCUCUCAGUCGUAUCUGUUCUUCUGGGACAAGUUGAACAAGGCCAACUACUACCUCGAGCUCUCCAUCCUACACGCCGAACGCCCGAUCGACGACCGGCUAGUUGUGCACACGGCUUCGGAUCUCAUAAGUGACGGAGGACAAUGGGACAUGGUCAUAAACAUCCUCGAGAACUACGGCAUCGUCCCGCAAGCCGUCUAUCCCGAGUCGACGCACUCGUCCCUUUCUGGCCCGCUGAACAAGCUGCUCAAGGUCAAGCUCCGCGAGCACGCGCUCAUCCUUCGCUCACUCGCCGCGUCCCUGCGCGCAUCGCCCAGGGCGCUUUCCGAGGGCGCGAUCCUGCGCACGCUCCGCGGGAAGAAGGAGGAGCUGAUGAAGGAGGUGUACACGAUCAUGACCGCCACGCUCGGCGUGCCGCCGAAGUUGGGCGAGAGGUUCGUGUGGGACUACUAUGACAAGGACGGGAAGGCAGGGCACUGGGAGGGCACGCCGCUGGAGUUCUACAAGACGUUUGCGAGCGACAAGUAUGCGCCGGCGGACUCGUUCUCGCUCAUCCAUGACCCGCGGAACGAGUUUGAAAAGCUGUAUUCCGUCGAGAAGCUCGGUAACGUCUGGGGCGGGCGUGACGUGCUCUACGUGAACACCGAAAUUGACGACCUGAAGAACGCGGUUGUCAAGAUGAUGAAGGCAGGCCACCCCGUCUUCUUCGGAUGUGACGUCGGCCAAUUCCUCGAGCGCGAGGGUGGUAUCAUGGACACGAAGAUGUUCGACUACGAGAACGCAUUCGACAUCAAGUUCGGGCUCACGAAGGCAGACCGCCUGCGCACUGGCGAAUCGGCAAUGACACAUGCGAUGGUCAUCUCGGGCGUGCACCUCGACGCGGCUGGCAAGCCGGUGCGCUACAAGGUCGAGAACUCGUGGGGCGACACGUCGGGCGACAAGGGAUACUAUCUGAUGACCGACGAGUGGUUUGAGCAGUUCGUGUACCAGGUUGUCGUACCCAAGGCGCUUGCCCCGAAGGAGCUCGUCAAGGUGUUUGAGAGCGGCAAGAAGACGUUGUUGCCUCUCUGGGACCCUAUGGGCGCGCUGGCAUGAGCGAUGGAAGAGCCGGUGUUGCGGGAUGUAUAUCGCUAGUUGCCUCGCUGCGGAGGCCAGUGCUAUUACUGUUGUUUCAUAUGCGCUGUGUACUGUAUUUUAUAGAUAUUGCCGACGCGUGUUCUUUGCGUGGAAGAUCAAACUGCGUCCGCGCGCUCCAGAUGUAGAGAAGUCCGUUUGGUCGUCUAUAACUAUCCAUAACUAUACUGCACAGCUCCAACUUGGGCCCUGGAGUCGGCGCUGCAUCCGCACGCCCAGGUCCAAAUGACCCGCGGAGAAAUGUGUAAAGAUC